AUGAAGACUCAUUUCUUCUCUUUUUUACUACUCCAACUCGUUCUUGGAGAGCAUAGAGACCAUGUAAAGGAAAAGAACAGACAGCGACUGAAGCAAAGAGAUCAUUUUUCCGCAGUUCGAAUCCUUAAGAAACUUAAUUACUUAGAAGAACAUUCAAGCGAUCAAUUAGAGCUCUCCAAAGCGCUGAAGAAAGUUCAACAUUCGGGCGGAAUCAAGGAAACGGGUAAACUAGACGUCGAUACAAUAACGCUACUAAAAAGCGGUCGCUGUGGCAAUGAUGACGGAGAUUUCGAAGAAUCGACCGAAGAUAGUCCACCUUCGGCGCAAAGAAGGGUCCGUCGCUACAUUCAAAAUAAAUGGGACACGCACAAGCUAACUUUUCAUGUGCAGAAUAAACCUUACUCACUCUCAGAUCUACAAGUAAAACGCGCCUUUCGGAAAGCCCUAGGAAUUUGGGCGACUGCAUCUGGUCUCACUUUUGAAGAGCGCAAGCGCAAGAAGAAACGCCAGAGAAGAUCUAAUGUUGACUUGAAUAUUGGUUUCCGCGAGCGCAAUCAUGAGUGUGGUCGAUCCAGAGCAUUCGACGGUCCAGGAGGCGAGCUUGCACAUGCGUUCUUCCCUACGGCUGGCCAGGCUCAUUUCGACAUGGCUGAAAAAUGGAGCACACGAGAAAGGAAAGGUUUUAACAAUCUUGUCGCUGUGGCAACACACGAAAUAGGACAUAUGCUAGGGCUGGGUCACUCAAGCAUUGAUGGUAGCAUCAUGAAUGCGUGGUACAAUGAUCCAAAGCUAUCAAAAGCGCCUCGUUUUCGUAACUUUAUAAAACUCAAUUGGGACGAUAUUCAAGCGAUUCAAGAUUUAUAUGGCACACCGAAGUCUGGACGCAGUCGCAAGAAAGAGGAAGAAAAUUCCCCGCUCAACGGGGCAUUUUCUGCUGCUUUGACGAUCUCGCCCACUCGCAUAAUGUUUAUUCAAGGCAGAUAUAGCUUAUCCAGAUUGCCCGGAGGGGCGUUGACCCCAAGGCGCCCGCUUAUCGAAACAUUUUCGAAUCUUCAUGGUCAAGUUGUUGCCGCCACUUAUGAUCAAGUCAAUAAGAAGUUUUUCUUCAUCACAAGAGACGGCGAUUUCUUUUCAUACAGUGGAACGCGCCUAGAGAAGGGAUAUCCAAUUAAAACGAAAAAGUUGUCUCUCCGAACAGUACCGCGCGCAAUGUGGGCAGAGUCUGGGACGCUGUUCGCGAUAUCUGACGGGGCGAUCUACAGAUCGAUCAUUAUUGGCGAACGUCUGUUAUUUAUUUUCCACAGCAGUCUUCGUGAUAAGUUUCCUGCUGCGCCUGCUAAAAUUACGGGUGCUUUCACGGACAGCGCUGGUGUGGGAUUUUACGGUGGAUUUCUGAAAUCUCUGACAGUCUUCUUUGUUCCCCUUCGGGAAACAUUCAACGCAUCAAACGCUGACAUAACUAUGGCGAUAACUCUUUUGCCGUCGUUUUUUCUUGGUGGAGGCUUUCUCAGCAGCUGGUGUUAUCGUAAAUUUGGAACUCAAGUUGUGGGAAUCGCUGGAGGAAUUCUCACUUCCUCUGGAUAUAUUAUUUGUUCACAAGCUAGCGAAAUUUGGCAAUUAUGUGUUGGAUUUGCGAUAAGUGGUCUUGGAAGUAACUUUGGACUGAUAAGUUCAUCCGUUGCGGUUACUAAGUGGUUCGACAGGAGGCGCCCGUUAGCCUUGUCUUUCGGAAUGACAGGCAUUUCUAUCUGUUGCAUUCUCUUUCCCCCGCUAUUCGUUUAUCUAAACGAAAAUUACGGGGCUCGAGGUGCACUCUUGAUUUACGCUGGGAUCGCUGCAAACUCCUGUAUUGGCGGAGCUUUACUAAGGGAUCUUGAUCAUCCUGCGAAACAAUCAGAUUCCGAUGAAAAUGAUCGACAGCUCCUGUCAAUUAUAAAGUCUCUUCUUUCUCGACCAAUUUACUUGGUUUUCACUUUAGCCUCGACUUUUUGCGAAUCUGGAAGAAUAACUUUAUUUCCUGUCAUUGUGCCACCCUCUGCGGGCUAUCUGUGGACUAAAGACUUUGCGAGGAAGAUUGGAUUGCUCGGCAUUGCUGGCUUUUUUCACGGGCUUCUCGGCGCGCUAAAUGUAAUUGCUGGAUUGUUUCUAUCGACAGAGACGCAGUUUCAGAUUUAUUCGAUGAUUCUGCCAGUAGUAAACGCAGCGCCGAUUUCGCUGAUGACAGCUUGCUACAGCGACUGUGUACCAAUAGAGCUCUUGUCAUAUGCACUUGCUCUCACUUGCUUGAUAGAAUGCAUCGGCGUCUUUGGCAUGCCCAUUUUCGCGGCGAGUCUGGCAGACAAAACUGGGAAGAUGAACACAGCGGUUCUCGUCUCGGGCAUUUGUCUCGUCAUUGGUGGCAUAUUUUUCCUCUGCGCUAAUUUUAUGAGAAAGCGUUCAACUUUGACGAAACCUGUUAAAUAA